AAAUACUACCUUAACAGUACACAGAGCUCUGGGCAUUUUCUUCCUAAUUUCCAGGAAGGUACUCUCACACACUGGAGGAUAGUAAGCCUUGAGAACAAGUCAGCCAAUGAACUUGUCAAGUGAACAACCAUAUUCAAAAUUCAAAGCGGUGGGUCUCUUUGCUAACUUAAACCAUGAAAUCACAAAAGCAGAAACAACCACUCUGGAACGAACAAGCACCAAUGGCUACGUUUCCUAUCUCCAAACUUUUCCUGCUUUCCCUCUUCAUCCUUCUUCCAGCUCAAAUCUCUUCUGCAGAUGAUGUCGCCGUCUACUGGGGUCAAAAUGGUAACGAGGGGAACCUGACUGCAACAUGCGCCACUGGUGUAUAUUCCUAUGUGAACAUAGCCUUUCUGAACAGAUUUGGCAAUGGUCAAAUCCCACAACUCAACCUUGCUGGCCAUUGCAACCCAGCGGGUGGUGGUUGCAAAACCAUUAGCAACAGCAUAAGAGAGUGCCAAAGAAAGGGCAUUAAGGUGAUGCUGUCUAUAGGAGGUGGCCUUGGAAACUACUCUCUAGCUUCAACAGCCGAUGCGAAAAAUGUUUCUGAUUAUUUAUGGAAUAACUUCUUGGGUGGACAGUCAUCUUCGCGCCCCUUAGGCGACGCUGUUUUGGAUGGUAUUGACUUUGACAUCGCACUUGGCUUUUGGAAACACUGGGAUGAUCUUGCAGGAUACCUGAAGGCAUAUAACAGUUCAGGAAGAAAGGUCUACUUAACAGCAGCUCCACAAUGUCCAUUCCCUGAUUUGCUUCUAGGGACUGCCCUCAACACAAGCCUUUUUGACUAUGUUUGGAUUCAGUUCUUUAACAAUCCUUCUUGCCAGUAUAGCACUGGCAACACCCAGAAUCUUGAGAAAACUUGGAGGCAGUGGACUUCAUCAUUGAUAAAUUCAACGAUCUUCUUAGGCUUACCAGCAGCACCCGAGGCAGCCCCAAGUGGAGGGUUUAUUCCGGCCAAUGUGCUAACUUCUCAGAUCCUUCCAGUGAUAAAGAACUCUACCAAGUAUGGAGGCGUGAUGCUGUGGUCUAAGUAUUAUGAUGAUAAGAGUGGAUACAGUUCCUUCAUUAAGAAUGGUGUGGGAUCUAGCCUUUCUUUGCUUGCAAAGUUUAAAUAAGAAAGUGGGUGUUGUUAUGCUUUUCUAUGUUGUGCUUGAUUUGAAGUAACAGAACACAAAAUAGGUAAUACAUAUUUUUCAGGAUCAAUGUGAUACAUUUUAGUUA